CUUGUUUUGUGGCGGGCAUUUUGGCUGGUUCGGGACUAGUUCGCCUAAUCAGUAGCUCCCAAUCGCUAGGUCCGGUCUGAGGUAUCCAGAGGCUGAAAAUUCGAGACAAAUGUCGUCCUCCCUGCACAAAGGUUCCAUGGCCGCAGAAGUGUUUAAGGACCCUGCACAGGGCAGUGUAACCUUUGAGGAUGUGUCUGUGUACUUCUCCUGGGAGGAAUGGGCUCUCCUUGAUGAGGCACAGAAACUCCUGUACUGCGAUGUGAUGCUGGAGAACUUUGCACUUAUGGCCUCUCUAGGUUAUUGGCAUGGAGUGGAAGAUGAGGAUGCACCUUCUGAGCAGAGUGUUUCUGUAGAAGGAGUGUCACAGGUAUCGAUGACCUUCAAGUAUUUGGCCAUGACCUUCACUUGGGAGGAGUGGGGGCAGUUGGAUAUGGCUCAGAAGACCCUAUAUCGGGAAGUAAUGCUGGAGACCUGUGGGCUCCUGGUCUCACUAGAUGCACCUCUCUCUUGGAUCCUCAUUUCUUCUAUCAUCGCAGAUCUUUCACCUGGGAUGACCUUUCAUCAUAAUUAAACAGAAAAUCCUCAAAUAAGAAGUUCAUUUUAUGCAAGUUAAUUUUACAUUAAAUUUCUCAUUUAUGACA